UCAAUCUAUAGCAACCUUUUGCAAAUGAAGGAAUCACUAUUCUCAGUGGCCUCCAAUGAUGAUGUGAAAAUGAUGAAAGUACAUUUGGAGCAGUUGGAUGAGAGAUGGAGAGAUUUGCCACAGAUAAUUAGCAAAAGGAUUACUUUUCUUCAGUCUGUGGUCGCUGAACACCAGCAAUUUGAUGAACUGCUGCUUUCCUUUUCUGUCUGGAUUAAGCUGUUUCUCAGUGAAUUACAAACUACUUCUGAAAUAAGCAUAACGGACCAUCAAGCAGCAUUUACUCGGCACAAGGACCACGUAGCAGAAAUAGAGAGCAAAAAGGGAGAACUACAGAGUCUACGGGAUCACCUAGUGAAGCUGGGUGCUCUGGGUCAAGCUGAGAGCAAGGCAGAGGACUGUUUCCAGCUGUUGGAGGAAGCCAGCCAGGUCGUGGAAAGGCGGCAGCUUGCCCUGUCCCAGUUGGCUGAAUUCCUACAGAGCCACGCCUCGCUGUCAGGGGUUCUCCACCGGCUGAGGCACACAGUGGAAGCAACCGACAGUAUGAAUAGGAAACAGACUGAUUUAUUAGAAAAGGACCUAAAUCAUGCAAUUCAAGACGCUAAAACACUGGAAUCUGCGGCCAUCAGUCUUGACAGCAUUCUCGCCAAAGCUCAAUACCAUCUUAAAAGCGGAAGUUCUGAGCAAAGGACUUCCUGCAGAACGACAGCUGAUCACCUCUGUUCUGAAUUAGAGAGAAUCCAGAACCUUCUGGGUAUGAAGCAGAGUGAGGCAGAUGCCCUGGCAGUAUUGAAGAAAGCAUUCCAAGACCAGAAAGAAGAGUUGCUGAAAAGCAUUGAGGACAUUGAAGAAAGGACAGACAAAGAGAGACUGAAGGAGCUGACCCGCCAAGCUCUUCAGCAGAGAUUGAGAGUCUUUAAUCAGUUGGAAGAUGAAUUGAAUUCUCAUGAGCAUGAACUAUGUUGGUUGAAAGACAAAGCUAAACAAAUUGCUCAGAAAGAUGUAGCCUUUGCAUCUGAAAUCGAUAGGGAGGUAAACCGCUUAGAGGUUACCUGGGAUGAUACCAAAAGACUAAUUCAUGAAAACCAGGGUCAAUGCUGUGGACUUAUUGACUUAAUGAGGGAAUAUCAGAACUUCAAGUUGGCUGUAUCUAAAGUCCUAGAAAAUGCCAGCAAUGUGAUUGCAACAAGAACUACUAUAAAAGAUCAGGAGGAUCUUAAAUGGGCUUUAUCCAAGCAUGAAACUGCCAAGAACGAAAUGUGUAAUAAACAGAAAGAAUUGGAUAACUUUACAAGUAAAGGAAAACAAUUGUUAUCUGAGCUGAAAAAAAUUCACAGUAGUGAUUUCAUCUUGGUGAAAACAGACAUGGAGAGCACUGUGGACAGAUGGCUGGAUAUAUCAGAGAAAAUUGAGGAAAACAUGGAUAAGCUGCGGAUAAGCCUGACCAUUUGGGCUGACGUACUUUCAAGUAAAGAUGAAAUCGAUGGGUGGUCCAAUAGUUCUGUUCCACAGUUGACCGAAAGCAUCAGCAACCUGAAUAACAGCCUCAGAGCAGAAGAAUUCCUUAAAGAGUUUGAGUCUGAAGUUAAAAACAAAGCCUUGAGAUUGGAAGAACUUCAUUGCAAAGUUAAUGAUCUUAAAGAAUUAACUAAAAAUCCAGAAACACCACCAGACCUUCAGUUUAUAGAAGCAGACCUAAGGCAGAAACUGGAGCAUGCCAAAGAAAUUACCGAAGAAGCAAAAGGAACCUUGAAAGAUUUCACUGCUCAGAGUACACAGGUGGAGAAAUUUAUUAGUGACAUAACGAGCUGGCUGACAAAAGUAGAAGAAUCAUUGAAGAAUUGUGCCCAGACUGAGACAUGGGAAGGGCUGAAAAAAGUAAAGGAAAUACAAAAGGAACUUCAAAGUCAGCAAAGCAACAUCAGCUCCACCCAAGAAAAUCUCAACAGUCUGUGCCGCAAGUACCAUUCUGUUGAGUUGGAAGGCCUGGGCAGUGCUCUGACGGGGCUCAUAAAGAACCAUGAAGCUGUGACCCAGUUGUGCUCCAAAACACAGGCCAGCCUUCAGGAUUCUCUGGAGAAGCACUUCAAUGAGUCUAUGCAGGAAUUCCAAGAGUGGUUUUCUGGGAUAAAGGCAGCAGCAAAAGAAUCAUCUGAUCGAACUGGUGACAGCAAAGUUCUAGAGGCAAAGCUCCAUGAUCUUCAGAACAUUCUGGACUCCAUCAGUGAUGGGCAGAGCAAGCUUGAUGCUGUGACUCAAGAAGGACAAAUUUUAUAUGCACAUGUGUCUAAACAAAUUGUCAGCAGCAUUCAGGAACAAAUUACAAAGGCUAAUGAAGAAUUUCAAGCAUUUCUGAAACAAUGCCUUAAAGACAAGCAGGCUCUUCAAGACUGUGCUUUAGAACUUGGAAGCUUUGAGGAUCAGCAUAGAAAACUGAACUUAUGGAUCCAUGAAAUGGAUGAAAGGUUAAGUACAGAAAACUUAGGAGAGAGUAAACGGCACAUUCCUGAGAAGAAGAAUGAAGUCCAUAAAGUUGAAAUGUUUCUAGGAGAACUAUUGGCUGCAAGAGAAUCUCUGGAUAAGCUUUCCCAGAGAGGGCAGCUUCUCAGUGAAGAAGGCCACGGUGCUGGGAAAGAAGGACGCCUGUGCUCCCAGCUCCUCACGAACUACCAGAACUUACUCAGAAUGACCAAAGAGAGACUGCGGAGCUGCCAGGUGGCCCUGCACGAGCAUGAGGCCUUGGAGGAAGCCCUGCAGAGCAUGUGGUCCUGGGUGAAAGGCAUUCAAGACAGACUGACCGCUGCAGAGAGCACCGUUGGAAGCAAAGACACCUUGGAAAAGCGGCUGUUACAAAUACAGGAUAUUCUCCUGAUGAAAGGUGAAGGAGAAGUUAAGUUGAAUAUGGCCAUUGGCAAAGGGGAACAGGCCUUGAGAAGUAGCAACAAACAAGGUCAGAAGGUGAUUCAGACUCAGCUACAGACCCUUAAAGACGUGUGGGCUGACAUCAUGAGCUCCUCUGUCCGUGCUCAGAGCACUUUGGAGUCUGUGAUUAGCAAAUGGAAUGACUAUCUAGAGUGGAAAAACCAGUUGGAGCAGUGGAUGGAAUCAGUGGAUCAAAAAGUAGAGCAUCCUUUGCAACUGCAGCCGGGUCUGAAGGAGAAGUUUUCCCUUCUGGACCACUUCCAGUCCAUUUUAUCUGAGGCAGAAGACCAUGCCAGAGUCCUGCAGAGUCUCACCUCAAAAUCCAGGGAGCUCUACCAGAAGACAGAGGAUGAAUCUUUCAAGGAAACAGCUCAAGAGGAACUGAAAACACAGUUUAAUGAUAUAAUCACCGUUUCCAAGGAGAAGAUGAGGAAAGUGGAAGAGAUUGUGAAAGAUCACCUCAUGUAUUUAGAUGCAGUCCAGGAAUUCACAGAUUGGCUCCAUUCAGCAAAAGAAGAACUCCACCGGUGGUCAGAUAUGUCUGGAGACUCAUCAGCCACCCAGAAGAAAUUGUCUAAAAUCAAGGAGCUGAUGGAUUCCAGAGAGAUUGGGGCAAGCCGCAGAGGCAGAGUGGAGUCGCUGGCUCCAGCAGUGAAACAGAACACAAGUGCCAGUGGGUGUGAGCUCGUGGACGCGGAGAUGCAGGCCCUGCGAGCUGACUGGAAGCAGUGGGAAGACAGUGUACUCCAAACGCAGACCAGCUUGGAGAAUCUGGUUAGCCAAAUGGCCCUUUCGGAGCAGGAGUUCUCGGGCCAGGUGGCUCAUCUGGAGCAGGCACUGGAUCAGUUCAGUGCCCUUCUGACAACUUGGGCCCAGCAGUUAGCCCUCCUGGAAGGCAAGAAUACCGAUAAGGAGAUAGUGGAAUGCUGGCAGAAAGGACAAGAGAUACUGGAUGCCCUACAAAAAGCAGAGCCUAAAACAGAGGAUCUUAAGUCUCAGCUGAAUGAACUUUGUCGAUUUUCCAGAGACCUCAGUACAUACAGUGGAAAAGUUUCUGGCUUGAUUAAAGAAUAUAAUUGUCUUUGUUUGCAAGCAUCAAAAGGCUGUCAGAAUAGAGAACAGGUUUUACAGCAACGAUUUCGAAGAGCCUUCAAAGAUUUCCAGCAGUGGUUGGUUAAUGCAAAAAUCACUACUGCCAAAUGUUUUGAUAUACCUCAAAAUAUUAAUGAAGUUUCAACAAGUCUUCAGAAAAUACAGGAAUUUUUGUCAGAAAGUGAAAAUGGACAGCAUAAGCUAAACAUGAUGCUGUCUAAAGGAGAACUUUUGAGUACUCUGUUGACCAAAGAGAAAGCUGAUGGCAUCCAGGCCAAAGUUGCAACUGCAAAAGAAGACUGGAAAAAUUUUCAUUCAAAUCUCCACCAGAAGGAAUCUGCCCUAGAGAAUCUGAAGAUCCAAAUGAAGGACUUUGAAGUAAGUGCUGAGCCUGUCCAGGACUGGCUGAGUAAAACUGAGAAGUUGGUGCAGGAAAGCAGCAAUCGCCUGUAUGAUCUUCCUGCAAAGAGGAGGGAACAGCAAAAGCUCCAGGAGAAAGUGUCAAGAUUGGAUAGAAUUGUUGCAGAACACAAUCAGUUCUCCCUCGGGAUUAAAGAGCUCCAAGACUGGCUGACCGAUGCGGUUCACAUGCUGGACUCCUACUGCCACCCAACAUCCGACAAAAGUGUGCUAGACAGCAGGAUGCUCAAGCUUGAGGCUCUAUUAUCAGUGAAACAGGAAAAAGAGAUCCAGAUGAAAAUGAUAGUGACCAGAGGGGAGUCUGUUCUGCAGAAUACCUCUCCGGAAGGCAUUCCUGCUAUCCAGCAGCAGCUGCAGAGUGUGAAGGAUAUGUGGGCUUCCCUUUUGUCUGCAGCAAUUCGCUGUAAAAGUCAACUCGAAGGAGCUCUUUCUAAGUGGACGAGUUAUCAGGAUGAUGUUCGACAGUUUUCCAGUUGGAUGGACAGCGUGGAAGGCAGCCUAAAUGAAUCUGAAAGGCAGUACGCAGAACUGCGGGAGAAAACAACAGCCCUGGGAAAAGCCAAGUUACUAAGUGAAGAAGUGCUGAGUUACAGCAGUUUGCUGGAGACCAUUGAACUCAAAGGGGCUGGCAUGACAGAACACUAUGUCACCCAGUUAGAAUUCCAGGAUCUUCAGGAACGAUACAGAGCAAUCAAAGAGAGGGCCAAGGAAGCAGUAACCAAGUCUGAAAAACUAGUUCGCCUGCACCAAGAGUAUCAGAGAGACCUAAAGGCAUUUGAAGUUUGGCUGGGGCAAGAACAAGAAAAGCUUGACCAACAUUCAGUUCUUGAAGGUGAUGCUCGCACUCAUGAGAUAACAUUGCGGGAUCUUCAGGAGCUACAGGUGCACUGCGCAGAGGGGCAGGCCCUGUUGAAUUCGGUGCUACACACCAGAGAGGAAGUGAUACCAUCGGGCAUCCCCCAGACCGAGGACCGGGCUUUAGAGUCCCUCCGGCAGGACUGGCAGGCUUACCAGCAGAGAUUGUCUGAGACCCGGACUCAGUUCAAUAAUGUAGUCAACAAACUGAGACUCAUGGAACAAAAGUAUCAGCAAGUAGAUGAGUGGCUCAAAACACUGGAGAGCAAAGUGAGUGUCAAAACAGGACGUCAGUCUAGCCGGGCAACCAAGCAGAUACAAUUACAUCAGAUGAAGAAGUGGCAUGAAGAGGUAACCGCAUACAAAGAUGAAGUUGAGGAAGUGGGAGCCAGAGUGCAGGAGAUGCUGGAUGAGAACCAUGUGAGCAGCCGAAUGGGCUGCCAGGCCACCCAGCUGACUUCCAGAUACCAGGCCCUUCUUCUCCAAGUGCUGGAACAAAUAAAAUUCCUGGAGGAAGAGAUCCAGAGUUUGGAGGAAUCAGAAUUAUCCCUAAGUUCCUAUUCUGAUUGGUACAACUCUACUCAUAAAAACUUCAAGAAUGUGGCCACCAAAAUUGACAGAGUAGAUAAAGUGAUGAUGGGGAAAAAAAUGAAGAUGUUGGAGAGUUUGCUAAAAGACAUGGAGAAAGGCCAUAGUUUGCUGAAAUCAGCCCGGGAGAAAGGAGAGAGGGCUCUCAAAUACUUGGAGGACAGCGAGGCAGAGACAUUAAGGAAAGAGAUCCAGGAGCACGUGGAGCAGUUGAAGGAACUGACCAGUAUUGUCCGAAAAGAGCACAUGACUCUGGAGAAAGGCCUUCUUCUAGCAAAGGAGUUCUCAGAUAAAUACAAAGCACUAACUCAGUGGAUAUCAGAAUAUCAAGAAAUCCUACACACUCCUGAAGAACCCAAAAUGGAAUUAUAUGAGAAAAAAGCUCAGUUAUCUAAAUAUAAGUCACUUCAACAAAUGGUGCUGUCCCAUGAGCCCUCGGUAAGAUCAGUGAGAGAGAAAGGUGAGGCUCUCCUGGAGGUCGUGCAGGACGUCACUUUAAAGGAUGAAAUAGAUAAACUUCACAGUGAUUACAAGGACCUCUGUGGUGCAGGAAAGGAACAUGUCUGCAGCCUCGAGGCAAAAGUCAAAGAUCACGAAGAUUAUAACAGUGACCUCCAAAAAGUAGAAAGGUGGCUGCUGCAGAUGUCAGGCAGAUUGGUGGUGCCUGACCUCAUGGAGACAAGCAGUCUCGAGACAAUUACCCAGCAACUGGCCCACCACAAGGCAAUGAUGGAAGAAAUUGCUGGUUUUGAAGACCGCUUGAACAAUCUUAAAAUUAAAGGUGACAAUUUGAUCAGCCAGUGUGCAGACCACCUUCAAGCAAAACUAAAACAAAAUGUGCACGCUCAUCUGCAGGGCACAAAAGAUAGUUACUCAGCUAUCUGCAGUACAGCUCAGAGGGUGUACCAGAGUUUGGAACAUGAACUUCAGAAGCACGUUAGCCGACAGGACACUCUGCAGCAGUGCCAGGCGUGGCUCUGUGCAGUCCAGCCAGAUCUAAAGCCAAGCCAGCAUCCACCUCUUAGCAGGGCAGAAGCCAUGAAGCAGGUCAAACACUUCAGAGCUUUGCAGGAACAGGCAAGGACUUACUUAGAUCUCCUCUGCUCCAUGUGUGACUUGUCAAACUCUUCAGUGAAAACCACAGCAAAAGACAUUCAACAAACAGAGCAAAUGAUUGAACAAAGGCUUGCCCAGGCACAGAACUUAACUCAGGGCUGGGGAGAGAUCAAGCACAUGAAGGCUGAGCUUUGGAUUUACCUCCAGGAUGCUGAUCAGCAACUACAGAAUAUGAAGAGAAGGCACUCAGAACUGGAGCUCAACAUUGCACAGAACAUGGUUUCCCAAGUGAAGGAUUUUGUUAAGAAGCUACAGUGCAAACAGGCAUCAGUGACCGCUAUUACAGAAAGGGUGAAUAAGUUAACCAAGAAGCAGGAGUCUCCUGAACACAAGGAAAUAAGUCACUUAAAUGACCAGUGGUUAGAUCUGUGUCUUCAGUCUAACAAUCUGUGCUUGCAAAGGGAAGAAGAUCUUCAGAGAACAAGAGAUUACCAUGACUGUAUGAAUGUUGUUGAAGUGUUCUUAGAAAAAUUUACUACAGAAUGGGAUAACUUAGCCAGAUCCGAUGCAGAGAGUACAGCUGUCCAUCUAGAAGCUUUGAAAAAGUUAGCCCUAGCUCUGCAGGAGAGAAAGCAGGCUAUUGAGGAUCUGAAAGAUCAAAAGCAAAAAAUGAUAGAACAUCUGAAUUUAGAUGACAAAGAAUUAGUCAAAGAACAGACAAGUCACCUUGAACAACGUUGGUUUCAGCUCGAGGACCUUGUUAAAAGGAAAAUCCAAGUGUCAGUCACCAACAUGGAGGAAUUAAAUGUGGUGCGGUCCAGGUUUCAGGAGCUGAUGGAGUGGGCAGAAGAACAACAGCCCAACGUUGCUGAGGCCCUGAAGCAGAGCCCCCCACCAGAUAUGGCUCAGAACCUCCUCAUGGAUCACCUCGCCAUUUGCAGUGAACUGGAGGCCAAACAGAUGCUCCUGAAAUCACUCAUAAAGGACGCAGACAGGGUGAUGGCUGAUCUUGGCCUAAAUGAGCGGCAGAUAAUCCAGAAGGCACUCUCUGAUGCACAGAGACAUGUGAAUUGUCUCAGCGACUUAGUGGGCCAGAGACGAAAGUACCUAAACAAGGCCUUGUCUGAGAAAGCCCAGUUCCUCAUGGCAGUAUUCCAGGCAACCAGCCAAAUUCAGCAACAUGAGCGAAAGAUAAUGUUCCGUGAGCACAUCUGCCUGUUACCCGAUGAUGUGAGCAAACAAGUUAAGACAUGUAAGAGUGCACAAGCCAGCCUCAAGACUUACCAGAAUGAGGUCACUGGACUUUGGGCUCAGGGUCGUGAAUUAAUGAAAGGAGCCGCAGAGCAGGAAAAAAGUGAAGUACUAGGUAAGCUUCAGGAAUUGCAGAGCGUCUAUGACACUGUUUUACAAAAGUGUAGCCAUCGGCUACAAGAACUAGAGAAAAAUUUAGUUUCUAGGAAACAUUUUAAGGAAGAUUUUGAUAAGGCUUGUCACUGGCUAAAACAAGCAGAUAUUAUUACAUUUCCUGAAAUCAACCUAAUGAAUGAGAGUCCUGAGCUUCAUACACAACUGGCCAAAUACCAACACAUUCUCGAACAAUCUCCAGAAUACGAGAAUCUCCUGCUUACACUACAGAACUCUGGGCAGGCCAUAUUGCCAUCGCUGAAUGAAGUUGAUCAUUCCUACCUCAAUGAAAAGCUAAAUGCUCUGCCCCUGCAAUUUAAUGUAAUUGUUGCAUUGGCUAAAGACAAGUUCUAUAAAGUCCAAGAAGCAAUUCUUACUCGGAAAGAGUAUGCUUCCUUGAUCGAAUUGACAGUCCAGUCUCUGAGUGAACUUGAAGACCAGUUCUUAAAGAUGAGCAAAGUCCCUGCUGACCUGAGAGUUGAAGAGGCUCUCUCUCUUCAGGAAGGUUGCAGAGCCCUUUUGGGAGAGGUGGCAGGCCUUGGGGAAGCAGUGGAUGAACUGAACCAGAAGAAAGAAAGUUUUAGAAGCACAGGUCAGCCUUGGCAGCCAGACAAGAUGUUGCAACUUGUCACCUUGUACCACAGGCUAAAGCGACAAACAGAACAAAGGGUUAGCUUACUAGAAGAUACCACCAGUGCUUAUCAAGAGCAUGAAAAGAUGUGCCAGCAGCUAGAGAAACAACUAGAGGCUGUGAAAACAGAGCAGUCCAAAGUGAAUGAGGAGACCCUUCCUGCAGAGGAGAAGCUCAAAAUUUAUCACUCCCUGGCAGGAAGUCUUCAGGAUUCAGGAAUUGUACUCAAACAAGUGACCGUGCAUCUUGAAGAUCUGGUUCCACACCUUGAUCCUUUGGCUUAUGAGAAAGCCAAGCAACAGAUCCAGUCCUGGCAAGAGGAGUUAAAACUGUUGACUUCUGCCAUUGGCACGACAGUGACAGAGUGUGAGAGCCGCAUGGUGCAGAGUAUAGACUUCCAGACAGAGCUGAGCCGCUCCCUGGAGUGGCUGAGGAGUGUGAAGGCAGAGCUAAGUGGGCCGGAGUGCCUGGACCUGAGCCUACAGGACAUCCAGGAGGAGAUCAGAAAGAUCCAAAUUCAUCAGGAAGAGGUACAGUCCAGCCUGAGAAUAAUGAAUGCCCUGAGUAACAAGGAGAAGGAGAAAUUCACAAAAGCCAAAGAGCUGAUUUCUGCCGAUUUACAGCACACCCUUGCUGAGCUCUCAGAGCUAGAUGGAGAUGUUCAGGAAGCUUUACGCACCAGACAGGCUGCCUUAACUCAAAUAUAUAGUCAAUGUCAAAGGUACUAUCAAGUAUCUCAAGCAGCUAAUGACUGGCUUGAGGAUGCUCAUGAAAUGUUACAACUGGCAGGCAAUGGCCUAGAUGUGGAGAAUGCAGAGGAAAAUCUCAAAAGCCACAUGGAAUUUUUUAGUACAGAAGAUCAGUUCCACAGCAAUCUGGAAGAGCUCCAAGGCCUGGUAGCCAGCUUGGACCCACUCCUCAAGCCAACUGGAAAAGAGGACCUAGCACAGAAAAUGGCUUCCCUGGAAGAGAAGAGCCAGAGGAUAAUACAGGACUCCCAUGCCCAGUUAGAUCUCUUGCAGAGAUGUGCUGCUCAAUGGCAGGAUUAUCAAAAAGCAAGGGAAGAGGUUAUCGAAUUGAUGAAUGAUGCAGAAAAGAAAUUGUCUGAGUUUUCUUUAUCGAAAACUUCUUCCAGUCAUGAAGCAGAAGAGAAAUUGUCAGAACACAAGUCUUUAGUGUCAGUAGUUAAUUCUUUCCAUGAGAAAGUUGUGGCCCUUGAGGAUAAAACUUCACAACUGGAAAAAACUGGAAAUGACGCAAGCAAAGCAGCCUUAAGCAGGUCGAUGACUACUGUCUGGCAGCGCUGGACACGUCUCCGUGCUGUGGCUCAGGACCAGGAGAAGAUAUUGGAAGAUGCAGUAGAUGAGUGGAAAAGCCUUAACACUAAGGUUACAAAAGCCAAGGAAAUGAUUGAUCAGCUGCGAGAUAAAUUACCGGACAGUUCUGCAGAGAAAGCCUCAAAAGCAGAACUCUUCACUCUUCUCGACCAUCAUGACACACUCGUUCUGGAGCUGGACCAGCAGCAGCUGGCCUUAGGUCUGCUGCGGCAGCAAGCACUGAGCAUGCUCCAGGAUGGAGCCACGCUGUCCCCUGGAGAAGAGCCGUCUAUUGUCCAGGAGAUCACGGCAAUGCAAGAUCGGUGCCUGAACAUGCAGGACAAAGUGAAGAGUAACGGAAAGGUGGUAAAGCAAGAGCUAAAGGAGCGAGAAGUUGUGGAGACUCAAAUCAAUUUGGUGAAAUCUUGGUUUCAGGAAACAAAGGAAUAUUUGGGGAAUCCAACAAUAGAAAUAGAUGCUCAACUUGAAGAACUUCAGAUUCUCCUAACAGAAGCCACAAAUCACCGACAGAACAUUGAGAAAAUGACUGAAGAUCAGAAGAAUAAGUACCUGGGUCUUUACUCCAUCUUACCUCCUGAACUGUCCCUUCAGUUCGCUGAGGUGGCACUGGACCUGGGAACUAUCCAUGAUCAGAUCCAGGACAAAGUAAGAGAAGUUGAACAGAGCAAGGCCAUGAGCCAGGAAUUCAGCCGGCAAAUUCAGAAGAUAGCCAAAGAUCUCACAACUAUUCUGAGUAAGCUGAGAACAAAGACAGAUAAUUUAGCUCAAGCUAAAACCGACCAAAAGGUGCUAGGAGAGGAAUUAGAUGGCUGUCAUUUAAAAUUAAUGGAACUAGAUGCAGCAGUACAGAAAUUCGCAGAACAGAAUGGCCAACUGGGUAAACCACUGGCCAAGAAGAUAGGAAAACUGACUGAACUUCACCAGCAGACCAUUAGGCAGGCUGAGAAUCGGCUCUCCAAGCUCGGUCAGGCAGCAUCACAUUUAGAAGAGUACAAUGAAAUGCUUGAAUUCAUUUUGAAGUGGAUUGAGAAAGCUAAAGUGUUGGUACAUGGAAAGAUUACAUGGAAUUCGGCACACCAACUUCGAGAACAAUACGUUUUACAUCAGACCAUGCUAGAAGAAUCUGAAGAAAUUCACAGCAAUCUGGAAGCGAUGAUUGAGAAAUUACAAUACCUCGCUAGUGUGUACUUCACAGAAAAAAUGUCUCAGCAAGUGGCAGAACUGGGACGGGAGUCUGAGGAGCUGCAACAGAUGAUCAAAAUUCGUUUGCAGAAUCUCCAAGAUGCUGCCAAGGAUAUGAAAAAAUUUGAAACCGAGCUAAAAAACUUACAAGUUGCUUUGGAGCAAGCCCAGACAACCUUGACUUCUGCAGAAGUCGGACGUCUUAGUCUCAAGGAGCAACUUUCUCAUCGACUGCACUUGUUGUCUGAGAUGGAGUCACUCAAGCCAAAGGUCCACGCUGUGCAGAUCUGCCAGAGCGCACUCCGGAUCCCCGAGGAGGUGGUCACCAGCUUGCCGCUCUGCCAUGCCGCUCUGCACCUGCAGGAGGAGGCGAGCCGAUUACAGCACACCGCCAUCCAGCAGUGCAACCUCAUGCAGGAGGCUGUGGUGCAGUAUGAACAGUAUGAACAAGAAAUGCAACACCUUCAGGAGCUUAUAGAAGGAGCUCACAGAGAAAUUGAGGACAAACCUGUGGCCACCAGUAAUAUCCAGGAGCUGCAGGCCCAGAUUUCUCGGCAUGAGGAGCUGGCUCAGAAAAUCAAGGGCUACCAGGAGCAGAUCGCCUCCUUGAACUCCAAGUGCAAGAUGCUGACGAUGAAAGCCAAGCACGCCACCAUGCUGCUGACGGUGACCGAGGUGGAGGGGCUCGCGGAGGGAACGGACGACCUGGACGGGGAGCUCCUCCCCGCGACCUCGGCCCACCCCUCUGUGGUCAUGAUGACUGCAGGUCGCUGUCACACUUUGCUGUCACCUGUCACUGAGGAGUCUGGGGAGGAGGGAACCGGCAGUGAAAUUUCCUCUCCACCUGCGUGUCGUUCCCCUUCACCUGUGGCUAAUACAGAUGCUUCAGUUAACCAGGACAUUGCUUAUUACCAAGCGCUAUCUCCCGAGAGGUUGCAGACCAAUGCCUCCAGAAUCCACCCCAGCACAUUGCCAUCUCAGGAGUUCUAUGAACCAGGGCUGGAACCAUCUGCUACUGCUAAACUGGAUGAUCUGCAGCGUUCUUGGGAAACUUUAAAGAAUGUGAUCAGUGAAAAGCAGCGAACCCUCUAUGAGGCUUUGGAACGCCAGCAGAAGUACCAGGACUCCCUCCAGUCCAUCUCCACAAAGAUGGAGGCCAUUGAGAUGAAACUCAGUGAGAGUCUGGAGCACAGCAGGAGUCCAGAAAGCCAGAUGGCUGAACAUCAGGCAUUGAUGGAUGAGAUUCUCAUGCUUCAAGAUGAGAUCAGUGAGCUCCAGUCAUCUCUUGCGGAGGAGCUGGUGUCUGAGUCUCCCGAGUCUGACCCCGCCGAACAGCUGGCCUUGCAAUCCACGCUCACUGUCCUAGCCGAACGAAUGUCCACCAUCAAGAUGAAGGCCUCAGGGAAGCGGCAGCUUUUAGAGGAGAAGUUAAAUGAUCAGCUUGAGGAACAGAGACAGGAACAGGCUCUGCAGAGGUAUCGCUGUGAAGCUGACGAGCUGGACCACUGGCUCUUGAGCACUAAGGCUACUCUGGACACCGCACUGGGUACAGCCAAAGAACCUAUGGACAUGGAGGCCCAGCUGGUGGACUGCCAGAACAUGCUGGUGGAAAUAGAGCAGAAGGUGGUGGCCUUAUCAGAACUGUCAGUCCACAAUGAAAACCUGCUGCUGGAAGGCAAGGCUCACACCAAGGAGGAGGCUGAGCUGCUGGCCGUAAAGCUGAGAACCCUCAAGGGGAGCCUCCUGGAGCUGCAGAGAGCACUGCAUGACAAACAGCUUGACAUCCAGCAGGGCACCGCGCAAGAGAAGGAGGAGAGCCAUGCCGACCUAACUUCCAGCCAGAGCCCCGGGGUCCAGGACUGGCUGGCCCAGGCGCGGACCAUGUGGACCCACCAGCGACAGAGCAGCCUCCAACAACAAAAAGAGUUGGAACAGGAAUUAGCUGAGCAGAAGAGCCUCCUGCGGUCAGUAGCCAGUCGUGGAGAGGAAAUUCUCACCCAGCACUCAGCUGCAGAGACCUCUGGUGGUGCUGGCGAAAAACCUGAUGUGUUAUCCCAGGAGUUGGGGAUGGAAGGGGAGAAAUCAGCUGCUGAAGACCAGAUGAGAAUGAAAUGGGAAAGCCUACAUCAAGAAUUUAGUACCAAGCAGAAGCUACUACAGAAUGUUCUGGAACAGGAACAAGAGCAAGUGCUAUACAGCAGGCCGAAUCGGCUCCUGUCUGGUGUACCACUAUACAAAGGGGAUGGGCAGACCCAAGACAAAUCUGCGGUGACAUCUUUGCUAGACGGAUUGAACCAGGCCUUUGAGGAGGUUUCAUCCCAGGGUGGGGGUACAAAGAGGCAGAACAUUCACUUGGAACAGAAGUUAUAUGAUGGGGUCUCAGCUACCUCUACGUGGUUGGAUGAUGUUGAAGAACGUUUAUUUGUUGCCACAGCACUUUUACCAGAAGAAACAGAAGCUUGCCUCUUCAACCAAGAGACUCUUGCCAAAGAUAUUAAGGAAAUGUCUGAAGAAAUGGAUAAGAAUAGGAACUUAUUUUCCCAAGCAUUUCCAGAGAAUGGUGAUAACCGAGAUGUCAUUGAAGACACUUUGGGUUGUCUUUUGGGCAGGUUGUCCUUGCUAGACUCAGUAGUAAAUCAACGCUGUCAUCAGAUGAAGGAAAGACUUCAGCAAAUACUAAAUUUCCAGAAUGAUCUGAAGGUGCUGUGUACAUCACUGGCUGACAACAAAUACAUCAUUCUGCAGAAACUGGCAAAUGUGUUUGAACAGCCUGUGGCAGAGCAAAUAGAGGCAAUACAAGAGGCUGAAGAUGGUCUAAAGGAAUUGGAUGCAGGAAUCACUGAAUUAAAAAAGCGUGGGGACACGUUGCAGAUUGAGCAGCCUUCCAUGCAGGAACUGUCCAAACUUCAGGACAUGUAUGAUGAACUGAUGAUGACCAUUGGCUCCCGGCGGAGUGGGCUGAACCAGAAUCUUGCACUCAAGGAUCAGUAUGAAAGGGCCUUACACGAUCUGGCUGAUGUGGUAGAGACUGGACAGGACAAGAUGGCAGGGGACCAGAAAAUCAUCGUGUCCUCCAAAGAGGACAUUCAACAACUACUUGACAAACAUAAGGAAUACUUUCAGGGCCUGGAAUCUCAUAUGAUCUUGACUGAAACACUCUUCAGAAAGAUAAUCAGCUUUGCAGUCCUACAGGAAACGCAAUUCCACACAGAACUGAUGGUACAGGCUUCAGCUGUACUAAAACGGGCUCACAAGAGGGGCGUGGAGUUGGAGUACAUUCUAGAGACGUGGUCUCAUCUGGAUGAAGACCACCAGGAGCUCAGCAGACAGCUGGAGGCGGUGGAAAGUAGCAUCCCCAGUGUGGGAUUGGUGGAGGAGAGUGAGGAUAGGCUCAUCGAUCGGAUAACACUCUACCAGCAUUUGAAAUCCAGCCUUAAUGAAUACCAGCCCAAAUUAUAUCAGGUAUUAGAUGAUGGGAAACGACUGCUCAUAUCCAUUAGCUGCUCAGAUCUAGAAAGCCAGCUAAAUCAACUUGGAGAACACUGGUUAAAUAAUACCAACAAAGUGUCUAAGGAGCUUCACAGAUUGGAAACAGUACUGAAGCACUGGACCAGAUAUCAAAGCGAAUCUGCAGAACUUAUUCACUGGUUACAAUCUGCAAAAGAUAGGCUAGAAUUUUGGACUCAACAAUCUGUGACAGUCCCACAAGAACUGGAAAUGGUCCGUGAUCAUCUAAAUGCUUUCCUGGAGUUUUCCAAAGAAGUGGAUGCAAAAUCUUCCCUGAAAUCAUCUGUUCUGAGCACUGGAAAUCAGCUUCUUCGAUUAAAGAAAGUGGACACAGCUGCCCUACGUUCAGAGCUGUCACAGAUUGAUAGCCAGUGGACUGACCUGCUGACAAAUAUUCCAACUGUACAGGAGAAGCUCCACCAGCUCCAAAUGGAUAAGCUGCCUUCCCGCCAUGCCAUUUCUGAAGUUAUGACUUGGAUUUCUCUCAUGGAAAAUGUUAUUCAAAAGGAUGAGGAGAAUAUAAAAAAUUCAAUAGGUUACAAGGCAAUUCAUGAAUACCUUCAGAAAUAUAAGGGUUUUAAGAUAGAUAUUAACUGUAAACAGUUGACAGUUGAUUUUGUGAAUCAGUCUGUGCUACAAAUCAGUAGUCAGGAUGUGGAAAGUAAACGCAGUGAUAAGACUGAUUUUGCUGAGCAACUUGGAGCCAUGAAUAAAAGUUGGCAAAUCCUGCAGGGUCUAGUGACUGAGAAGAUCCAGCUGUUGGAAGGCUUAUUGGAAUCUUGGUCAGAAUAUGAAAAUAAUGUACAAAGUCUGAAAACUUGGUAUGAAACCCAGGAAAAUAGACUAAAGCAACAACAUCGCAUUGGAGAUCAGGCUUCAGUUCAGAAUGCAAUGAAAGACUGUCAGGAUCUAGAAGAUUUGAUUAGAGCAAAAGAAAAAGAGGUGGAGAAAAUUGAGCAGAAUGGACUUGCUUUGAUUCAGAACAAGAAAGAAGAAGUCUCUGGUGUUGUCAUGAGCACGCUGCGGGAGCUCAACCAAACCUGGGCAAAUUUAGACCACAUGGUUGGGCAAUUAAAGAUACUGUUGAAGUCCGUGUUUGACCAAUGGAACAAUCACAAGGUAGCCUUUGAUGAGAUAAACAGCUACCUCAUGGAGGCCAGAUACUCUCUUUCCCGCUUCCGUCUGCUGACUGGCUCUUUAGAAGCUGUACAAGUUCAGGUAGACAAUCUUCAGAAUCUUCAAGAUGAUCUGGAAAAACAGGAAAAGAACUUACAGAGGUUUGGCUCUGUCACCAACCAACUGUUAAAAGAGUGUCACCCACCUGUGACAGAAACUCUUACCAACACGUUAAAAGAUGUCAAUAUGAGAUGGAAUAACUUGCUGGAAGAGAUUGCUGAGCAGCUGUACUCCAGCAAAGCCCUGCUUCAACUUUGGCAGAGAUACAAGGACUACUCCAAACAGUGUGCUUCUACAGUGCAGCAGCAGGAGGAUCAAACCAACGAGCUCCUGAAAGCAGCCACUAACAAGGACAUUGCUGAUGACGAAGUUGCUACAUGGAUUCAAGAUUGCAAUGACCUCCUCAAAGGACUGGGGACAGUGAAGGACUCCCUUUUUGUUCUCCAUGAGCUGGGAGAGCAGCUCAAGCAACAAGUGGAUGCUUCGGCAGCAUCAGCCAUUCAAUCUGAUCAGCUGUCUUUGAGUCAGCACCUAUGUGCCCUAGAGCAGGCUCUUUGCAAGCAGCAGACUAUGUUACAGGCUGGAGUUCUUGACUAUGAAACCUUUACCAAGAGCUUGGAAGCGUUGGAAGCCUGGGUAGUAGAAGCUGAGGAAAUAUUACAAGGGCAGGACCCUAGCCACUCGUCUGACCUUUCAACCAUCCAGGAAAGGAUGGAAGAACUUAAGGGGCAGAUGCUAAAAUUCAGCAGCAUGGCACCUGACCUAGACCGUCUGAAUGAGCUUGGAUAUAGGCUACCACUGAAUGAUAAAGAAAUCAAAAGGAUGCAGAACCUGAACCGACACUGGUCUCUGAUCUCCUCUCAGACCACAGAAAGAUUCAGUAAGUUGCAGUCAUUUUUGCUGCAACACCAGACUUUCUUGGAAAAAUGUGAAACAUGGAUGGAAUUCCUUGUUCAAACGGAACAAAAGUUAGCCGUCGAGAUUUCAGGCAACUAUCAGCAUCUUUUGGAGCAGCAGAGAGCCCAUGAGUUGUUUCAAGCAGAGAUGUUCAGUCGCCAGCAGAUUUUGCACUCGAUCAUUAUUGAUGGGCAGCGUCUUCUAGAACAAGGUCAAGUUGAUGACAGGGACGAAUUCAACCUGAAAUUGACACUUCUCAGCAAUCAGUGGCAGGGAGUGAUUCGCAGGGCCCAACAGAGGAGGGGCAUCAUCGACAGCCAGAUUCGCCAGUGGCAGCGAUACAGGGAGAUGGCAGAGAAGCUUCGUAAAUGGUUGGUUGAAGUGUCCUAUCUUCCCGUGAGUGCUCUUGGAAGUGUCCUAAUACCACUGCAACAGGCAAGGACCCUCUUUGAUGAAGUGCAGUUCAAAGAAAAAGUGUGCCUGCGACAACAAGGCAGUUACAUCCUCACAGUGGAGGCAGGCAAACAGCUCCUGCUCUCGGCCGACAGUGGGGCUGAGGCCGCCUUGCAGGCCGAGCUCACGGAAAUCCAGGACAAGUGGAAAUCAGCCAGCGUGCGUCUGGAGGAGCAGAAGAAAAAGCUGGCCUUCUUGCUGAAAGACUGGGAAAAAUGUGAGAAUGGAAUAGCUGAUUCUCUGGAGAAACUACGAACAUUCAAAAAGAAGCUUUCUCAACCUCUGCCAAAUCACCACGAAGAGCUGCAUGCAGAACAAAUGCGUUGCAAGGAACUGGAAAAUGCAGCUGGGAGCUGGAAAGAUGACUUGGCUCAGCUGACACUCUUGAAGGACACCCUCUGUGCCUACAUUAGCGCUGAUGAUAUUUCCAUCCUGAACGAACGCAUGGAGCUUCUGCAGAGGCAGUGGGAAGAACUGUGCCACCAGCUCUCCUUAAGGCGGCAGCAAGUAAGUGAGAGAUUGAAUGAAUGGGCAGUCUUCAAUGAAAAGAACAAGGAGCUUUGUGAAUGGUUGACCCAGAUGGAAAGCAAAGUUUCUCAAAAUGGAGACAUCCUCAUUGAAGAAAUGAUAGAGAAGCUCAAGAAGGAUUAUCAAGAGGAAAUUGCUGUUGCCCAAGAGAACAAAAUACAGCUCCAGCAAAUGGGAGAACGACUUGCUCGAGCCAGCCAUGAAAGCAAAGCCUCUGAGAUUGAGUACAAGCUCGGGAAGGUCAACGACCGGUGGCAGCAUCUUCUGGAUCUCACGGCAGCCAGGGUAAAGAAGUUAAAGGAGACCCUGGUUGCCGUACAGCAGCUGGAUAAGAACAUGAGCAGCCUAAGGACGUGGCUGGCUCACAUUGAGUCAGAGCUGGCCAAGCCCAUAGUCUAUGAUUCCUGUGACUCGGAUGAAAUACAGAAGAAGCUCACUGAGCAGCAGGAGCUUCAGAGAGACAUCGAGAAACAUAGCACGGGCGUGGCCUCCGUCCUCAACCUGUGUGAGGUCCUGCUGCAUGACUGCGACGCCUGCGCCACAGAUGCGGAGUGUGACUCCAUCCAGCAGGCGACACGAAACCUGGACCGGCGGUGGAGAAAUAUCUGUGCCAUGUCCAUGGAAAGAAGACUCAAAAUUGAAGAGACGUGGCGGUUGUGGCAGAAGUUUCUGGAUGAUUAUUCUCGUUUUGAAGAUUGGCUCAAGAUUUCAGAAAGGACAGCUGCCUUCCCCAGCUCUUCCGGGGUGCUCUAUACAGUUGCCAAGGAAGAACUAAAGAAAUUUGAGGCUUUCCAGCGACAGGUGCACGAGAGCCUCACCCAGCUGGAGCUGAUCAACAAGCAGUACCGUCGCCUGGCCAGAGAGAACCGCACCGAUUCCGCCUGUAGCCUAAAGCAGAUGGUUCACGAAGGCAACCAGAGAUGGGACAACCUGCAAAAGCGUGUCACCUCCAUCUUGCGCAGACUCAAGCAUUUCAUUGGCCAGCGUGAGGAAUUUGAGACUGCUCGGGACAGCAUUCUGGUGUGGCUCACAGAGAUGGAUCUACAACUCACUAAUAUUGAGCAUUUUUCUGAGUGUGACGUUCAAGCUAAAAUAAAGCAACUCAAGGCCUUCCAGCAGGAAAUUUCACUGAACCACAAUAAGAUUGAGCAGAUAAUUGCCCAAGGAGAACAGCUUAUAGAAAAGAGUGAGCCUUUGGAUGCGGCCGUCAUCGAGGAAGAACUGGAUGAACUCCGGCGUUACUGUCAGGAGGUCUUCGGGCGCGUGGAAAGAUACCAUAAGAAACUGAUUCGCCUGCCUCUCCCGGAUGAUGAGCAUGACCUCUCUGACCGGGAGCUGGAGCUGGAUGACUCUGCAGCUCUCUCGGACCUCCACUGGCGUGACACCUCUGUGGACGGCGUGCUUUCCCCCCAGCCUUCCUCCAACCCCUCCCUCUCACUCGCCCAGCCCCUGCGGAGCGAGCGGUCUGGACGAGACACCCCUGCCAGUGUGGACUCCAUCCCCCUGGAGUGGGACCAUGACUAUGACCUCAGUCGUGACCUGGAGUCCGCUGUGUCCAGAACUCUGCCCUCUGAGGAUGAAGAGGGUCAGGAUGAUAAAGAUUUCUACCUCAGCGGAGCUGUUGGCUUAUCAGAUGUAAUGAUCCCCGAAAGUCCUGAGGCCUAUGUAAAACUCACAGAAAGUGCAAUCAGAAAUACCUCUGGAGCUCCCAGUGCCUUCGAGUCGCAGAUCCGACAACUGGACAAAGCCCUGGAUGAGAGCCGUUUUCAGAUGCAGCAAACUGAAAAUAUUAUCCGCAGCAAAACUCCCACGGGACCGGAGCUAGACUCCAGCUACAGAGGCUAUAUGAAAUUGCUGAGUGAGUGCAGCGGAAGUAUAGACUCAGUGAAGAGACUAGAACACAAACUGAAGGAGGAAGAAGAGAAUUUCCCCGGCUUUGUUAACCUGAAUACAACGGAAACCCAAACAGCUGGUGUGAUUGACCGGUGGGAACUCAUCCAGGCCCAGGCCCUGAGCAAGGAACUGAGAAUGAAACAGAACCUCCAGAAGUGGCAGCAGUUCCACACGGACCUGAACAACAUCUGGACGUGGCUGGGGGAGAUGGAACAGGAGCUGGAGCAGCUGCGGCACCUGGACCUCAGCACUGACAUCCAGGCUAUCGAGCUCCAAAUAAAAAAGCUCAAGGAGCUCCAGAAAGCUGUGGACCACCGGAAAGCCAUCAUCCUUUCCAUCAACCUGUGCAGCAACGAGUUCACCCAGCCUGGCAGUGAGAAAAGCCAGGAUCUGCAAGAUCGCUUGUCCCAGAUGAACGGGCGCUGGGACCGGGUGUGCUCACUGCUGGAAGAGUGGCGGGGCCUGCUCCAGGAUGCACUGAUGCAGUGUCAGGAUUUCCAUGAAAUGAGUCAUGGUUUGCUUCUUAUGCUGGAGAACAUUGACAGAAGGAAAAAUGAAAUUGUCCCUAUUGAUUCUAACCAGGAUGCAGAGACACUUCAGGACCAUCACAAACAGCUUAUGCAAAUAAGGCAUGAGCUCUUGGAAUCCCAACUCAGAGUGGCCUCACUGCAAGACAUGUCUUGCCAACUCCUGGUGAAUGCUGAAGGCACAGACUGUUUAGAAGCCAAAGAAAAAGUCCAUGUGAUUGGAAAUCGGCUCAGACUUCUCUUGAAGGAGGUCAGUCGUCACAUCAAGGAGCUGGAGAAGCUAUUAGACAUGGCAAGCAGUCAGCAGGAUUUGUCUUCCUGGUCUUCUGCUGAUGAACUGGACACCUCGGGAUCUGUGAGUCCUGCGUCCGGAAGAAGCACCCCCAACAGACAAAGAACGCCACGAGGCAAAUGUAGUCUCUCACAGCCUGGACCCUCUGUCAACAGUCCACAUAGCAGGUCCAUAAAAGGUGGCUCCGAUUCCUCCCUUUCUGAGCCUCGGCCAACUCGGUCCGGCCGAGCCUUCUUAUUCAGAGUCCUCCGAGCGGCUCUUCCACUCCAGCUUCUCCUGCUGCUCCUCAUCGGGCUCGCCUGCCUUGUACCAAUGUCAGAGGAAGACUAUAGUUGUGCCCUCUCCAACAACUUUGCCCGAUCAUUCCACCCCAUGCUCAGAUACACAAAUGGCCCUCCUCCGCUCUGAACCAAGCAGAUGCCAUCUGCAGCAGCGCUGGUAGCAUAAGGAGGAUUUGGCCAAAAGCAAUCCCAAACUAGCAAAAACAGGACCUGAAUCUUGGUGAAUGCCCUCAGGGUGGCAGCUUUAGCUCUCCUCCGUAUCCCAUGUGUGCAGAUCAUGGCUUCGGAGGUGGAUGGUAAACAAUGACAGGAGGAGAGCAGACAGACAAUAAGUUGGGAAGAAAUUUUGUUUGAAACUCUGAGCCUCAGCACUAAUGAGAUUAAGGACCUCCAGCGCUCUCUGGACACAUGAAUUCUGGGCUGUUGGCUCAUUCUCUGCGUACCCAAGGACUUCAGUAGACUGUCUUGAGCAGCUCUCCCACGGUGCCGCUCCAUCCAUUCAAUAAAGGACUCUCCCUGGGUGCCAUGUUGGCAUUGAACAAUCUACCAACCAACCAGUGCUGAGGAGAUUUUAGAACCUUGUAACAUACAAUUUUUAAGAGCUUAUAUGGCACCUUUCUUUUUACCUUGUUUUCCUCUGGGGCAUGAUGUUCUAACUUUUGCUUUAGAAGCACAAGCUGUAAAUCUAAAAGGCACUUUUUUUAAAGGUAUAAAGUAAAACUGGAUGUAAUAAAUACAAUCAUGGAAGGCUUUAUGUGAAAAAAAAAGUUGAAUGUUACAGUAAAAAAAAAAGAUAUUUAUGUAUGUACAGUUUGCUAAAGCCAAGUUUUGUUUGUAUUGAUUUCUUUGCAUUUAUUAUAGAUACUAUAAAA